AUGCCUGCGACGCCGGCGGCCAGCCCCGGGUGCGCUGGGCUGCCGGCGCAACCUCCGACGAGCUCACUCCCCGGAUUUGAAGGCCCCCCUAGCCGGCUGGGCGUUCGGAGGCCGGCAUGGGUCGUCCGCACCGAGUCUAAUGUUAGGAGAGAAAGACCAAAACGACCUGAUCCUCCAUGCACCAUCUGCAAAGGCACUGGGACAAUAAAUUGCCGCAACUGUUUCGGUAGAGGAAGAAUAAAUCAUGUCGAUCUCGCCGUGCUCCCCAAGGGAGAAUGGCCGCAAUGGUGCCAAAUAUGCGGGGGUAGCGGCCUAGAUUACUGCCACCGGUGCCAUGGAACAGGUGAAUAUCGAGAACCCAUGGGCUUUCACUUCACAGUCAAUAGGAAAUGA